AUGAUUACCGUUACCGCCAUCAAUGUCCGCAGUGACGUUACUGUAGCAGGCUCCACGGACUGUAGCAUUGAUAGUGCCUUUUUAUGCUUAUGGCCGACGUGUGCGUGUACCAAAAAAAUAAAAAUAUUGUAUCAAUUGUCGUCAUUCCGCCCGCAUCGGAGUCCACGCCGUCCUAGACGGUUAAAAACCCGCAAGAUUAGUCGCGAGGUCAGAAUAGUAACAAUUGAACUUGCCCUUGGUCUGCCAAGGAUCAGGCUGGACCUGAAACCCGAGUUUCUCCGAAUCGUAUUAUUUAAUUAA